AACAUAAUUUUCUUAUCAAUUCUGCUUUUUCUGAUAUUUCUUCGCCCGUUGGUUGAUAUUUCUUAGGUUCUGAAUUUGUCUUGUAUUGUUCUGAAUUGUGAAAUUUCUUCUUUUCUUAACAGAAUGGACUUAUAAGACAAAUUUGAUACUUUUGGUGCCUGUUUGCCUGAUUCGUUGCGAGUCAUUGAGACUUAUUUGUGAUAUAUUAUUUUAUCCUUUUUUUUUUGUGGGGAAAAAAAGACAGAAAUAUGGGAGUUAAACAAACAAUAAAGAGACUGGAUGCAUUUCCACGUGCAGAAGAGCACUUGUUGCAGAAAACACAAUCUGGAGCUCUUGUUUCCAUUAUCAGUCUUGUCAUAAUGGCUACAUUAUUCCUGCAUGAGCUGACAUAUUAUCUCACUACAUACACGGUUCAUCAGAUGUCGGUGGACUUGAAACGUGGAGAAACGCUUCCAAUUCACAUAAAUAUGACAUUUCCUUCCUUACCUUGUGAUGUCUUGAGUGUGGAUGCAAUUGACUUGUCAGGCAAGCAUGAAGUUGAUCUUGAUACAAACAUUUGGAAACUUCGCUUGAAUAGUUAUGGUCAUAUCAUUGGCACUGAAUAUUUGUCGGACCUUGUAGAAAAGGAACAUGCUGCUCACAAACAUGAUGAUGAUAAAGAUCACCAUGAGGAUUCUGAUACGAAUCUUCAUGCUCAUGGCUUUGAUCAAGCUGCUGAAAGUAUGAUCAAGAAGGUUAAACAGGCAUUAGCAAAUGGAGAGGGAUGCAGGGUUUAUGGCGUUCUAGAUGUACAAAGGGUUGCUGGAAACUUUCACGUUUCAGUUCAUGGGCUAAACAUUCUUGCUGCUCAAAUGAUUUUUGAAGGAGCGGCGCAUGUCAACGUGAGUCACAUUAUUCAUGAUUUAUCAUUUGGACCAAAAUACCCUGGACUUCACAACCCUCUAGAUGGUACAACAAGAAUUCUGCAUGACACAAGUGGAGUAUUCAAAUAUUACAUUAAGAUUGUUCCAACUGAAUAUAGAUACAUCUCUAAGGAAGUUUUGCCAACCAAUCAAUUCUCUGUUACUGAGUAUUUUUCCCCCAUCAGCGAAUUUGAUAAGAAAUGGCCAGCUGUUUACUUCUUGUAUGAUUUGUCACCCAUCACUGUGGCAAUCAAAGAGGAACGACGUAGUUUUCUUCAUUUUAUCACUCGGCUUUGUGCAGUUUUAGGUGGUACAUUUGCUUUAUCAGGAAUGCUGGAUAGAUGGAUGUUCAGGCUUCUUGAGGUGCUAACAAAACCAAAAUCUAGAUUCUGGUAGAGUUAGGGGCUAUACGGUCAUGUUGAUUCGUGUAAAACAUGUCAAAAGCAUUCUGGGCAGAGCUUAUGGAUUUCGAAGUUUCAACUAUGGAUGCUGGAUUUACUCACACAAGCUUAAUCUUAAAGCCUAUACUGUUAAACGAUUUAAUAUUUACUAUUUUAUAUAUAUAUAUGGCCAAUAUUAACAUUUUAGCAUUUGGUUCCAAUUUUAACUAUGGAUUUUGGACUUAAAUCACACAAGCUUAUGCUUAAAGCCUGUACUGUUAAAUGGUUUAGUGUUAGUAUAUUUUUUUUUUAUAUGGCCAAUGUUGAACAUUUUAGUUCUUGCGUUGGAAGUUUUGAAGGUUGUUAAGGUUGCUGUACAUGUAUAAUUUUUCCUGGGGUGCAAACUUCAUUGACGUUUAUGUCCCCAAAUUUUGAAUAUGACGUGCUCAGCCAUCUCUUGGAAA